GCCCUCUUCUCCUUGUCAAGGAAGCAUUGUUUUGAAGAUACAAGGAGCGGAGGGAUGGAGAAGGAGAAGAACGAAAGCUCAUCAUCAAAUGGAAAUCCAAAGCCGUGGCAAUCUUAUCACACUGUUUACACCAACGCUAAAGCAGGUAUGGAUGGAGUGGACAAGGAGAAAGUGCAAAGAGUUGUGUAUGAGAUGAGCAAGGGAUCCAAGUAUUUUGAGAACGAGGAACGCAUGGAAGUCUUUAUUAGGCAGAAAAUUGAACACAUGCGCGCUCGAUGUGCCAAGCUUACACCACAUGACAUCUCACACUAUCUGAAGGUAGCGGAUACCAGAGUUCCAGAACUAGAAGCUACACGUGACCUGUCUAGAACUUGGCUACAUGUAGAUAUGGAUGCUUUCUAUGCAGCUGUAGAAACAUUGAGUGAUCCUUCUUUAAAGGGCAAGCCAAUGGCUGUUGGCGGCAUGUCAAUGAUCUCCACUGCUAAUUAUGAGGCGCGAAGGUUUGGGGUUCGUUCUGCAAUGCCUGGCUUCAUUGCACGUAAACUGUGUCCAGAAUUAAAUUUUGUUCCCACAGAUUUUAAGAAGUAUACGUAUUACAGUGAUUUAACUAGAAAGGUUAGAUUUCUGCUUUCAGAAAAGAUUUUGUGAUGAACAUGCAGUUAUCACUUGCAAAUCUCUUAAUUUGCUCCCUCUGCUUUUUAGUUUUCCACAAACUAUGAUCCUAACUUCAUGGCAAAGUUGGAUGAAGCAUAUCUUGACAAUACAGAGGUCUGCCGAAGAGGGGCAUUAGCAGUUCAGAAUAGUACUGUUUCAUCUUUAUCUUGUUGCUUCGGGUAUUAUCUGCAGAAAGUAAAUGAUCAUAGAAUAUCAUUCUUCAGGUUGCUAGAUAUUAACAAGCCAAAUGGACAGUUUGUUUUACCAAAUGACCGGAUGGCUGUGAUGACAUUUAUAUCCCCUUCCAUUAGAAAGAUUGGAGGCAUUGGUAAGGUCACUGAACAUAUUUUAAGAGACGUUUUUGGAAUUAAUACAUGUGAGGAGAUAUAGGAGAAGCAAUCGGAUUUUUUGGUUCUGAAGACAUUUCAUUAUUGCAGAUUUUUUCUCUCUGUCGGACUGGGGCUUGGAGGUACAGCUACCCCUCAAAUCAGGUCCAGAAAAAGUAUGAGUAAUGAGAGAACCUUCUCAGCCACAGAAGACAAAGCAUUUCUUUAUCGCACAUUGGCUAAAAUUGCAGAGAUGCUAUCUGCUGAUAUGGAAAAAGAGGGUCUUCGUGGGCGAACUCUAACUCUUAAACUGAAAACUGCUUCUUUUGAGGUUCGAACCAGAGCAGUCACUCUGCAAAAACAUAUUUGCUCAAGUGAGGACAUCUUCAAACAUGCUUCAGUGCUGCUUAAGGCUGAACUUCCGGUUUCAUUAAGACUUAUAGGCCUGCGAAUGUCUCAGUUCAAUGAAGAAAAGGUUGGUGCCUCGGCAGAUCCUACUCAAAAAACUCUCACCAACUUUAUCAUGUCCGGAGAUGCUUCUAGGAAAAAUGUUGGUCACGAUAAUUGCUUGGGAUCAGAUGUCAGUGAUCACCAUUUCAUGGAUGAUAAAGAAACUAGUAUCUCUCUUGGUAUUCGCAAGAGAAGUCAUUGUGUAUUUAGAGAUUCAUUUGACAACAAAUGUGUACCAGAUCUAGAUGAUAACUAUCAUAGAUUCACCUACAAUGUUGGUGAAGCAGAGAAAAUUCAUGAGCCUUCAAGUGAUGAAACUGCAGAAAAGGAGAAUAAGUCUGACAUGAUAGGGCAUUCUCCCAAAUAUCAUCACAAUGAAGAGUCACAACUGUUAGAAGCCAAUUCUUCGGUUCUCCAGCAUUAUGAGGGCAGCCACCAUGACAGAAUCGAGGCAGCUAAUUCCCUGGACAAAGAGGCUGUGUCUUCAUCUAAUCAAGAAGAUCAAAAUUUCUGGGUGGAUGACUACAAGUGUUCAUUAUGUGGAAUAGAGAUGCCACCAACUUUCGUUGAGGAAAGGCAAGAGCACUCUGAUUUUCACCUUGCUCAGAGGCUUCAGGAGGAGGAAUCUGGCUCUGACUUGAGAAUGCUGAUGCCGCCGCAAAGGUGUGUCCGGAAGGAUCCUGCUAGUCAUGGUAAACGCAAGAAGCUGAAGUCGGAUAAGAAAGAAGGUAGACAUCUUUCCAUUGACAUGUUCUUUGUGAAGAGCAAUCAGAACUUCUAGCAUUGGGGUAUUGUACAUAAUUUUAUCUAGUCCUGUAUAUAUAUUGUCUUUUUAAUUUUUUUUUCACAUCAUAGUCAAUUUACAAGUAUUCAUUGAUAGUAUA